ACCGGAAAAUGAAGGCUCUGUUUUGGCAGUGUCUCUCCAAAGAGAAAUUGUUGACGAAAACUAUAAAUAUCACGUCUUCUUCACAGCUAAGAAUUAGGGUUCAUAAUGUCGAUACCAGUAGAUCUCUUUUUCUUCUAAACCUAGACGGAUUCUGAAAACUACUCUAUCUCAAACAUUCUCUCAAUUUCAAAAUCCGCACAAAUCACGCGCAUUAGCAGAAAUUCAAGGAAUAAUCAUUAGAAAGCCUUAAAAUCUGAAACUGCUCAUCGCAUACAUUUUCUGAAUUUCAAUCUCCUCAGAAAUCACGCGCAUACGGUGUUUGCAUACAGAGUCCAGAGCACAAUCAUCCAGAUCUUCCCGAGGUUCUCUUUUUAAUUGAUUGUAUAUCGUAAAUUUCCGAUGAAUUUGUCAUUCUCAUGUAAUUUUUUUAAUUUUAUUUUGCAAGUACUUCAUCUGUCCAACAGGAAAGUUCGAAAAUUUGAAGGUAGCUGAAACUCAAAAUCGAAAUCGGAAGUCAGAGGAUCGAACUUUAGUAAGAAUUUGAAGAACUUCAUGGAGUUUUUUUACGGUAGUAGUAAUGAUAUGCAAGCUUCCAAUGUUCAUUCCUUCGACGGCAAUGUUUCGCCGAUCAACGCUCAGAACUUCAUAGGACGAGGCCGUUUCUAUCCUGGAUCAAAAACUCCGAUCCUCGAUCCUUACUCUUCUUCAGAAAGUACUGGUAGUUCUUCCAAUAAAGUCUCUCCGCUAGUCCGAUACCUUUGUCCAAACUCGCCGGUGCCGUUUAUUAGCGAUUCUCCAAAGCACCGUUCUCUGGUCAGUACUAGCAGCGGAAGCAGAAGCGGUUCCGGCGGCGGAGUUUCCCGUUCGCCUCUAGCUUCACUAGAGAACAUUGAGAUUCCGCUUAUGUUCAGAACUCCAGUGAAGGUCGGAGAGGAUGUGGUAGUCAUGGACGGUAUUCUGGUUGAGCGGAAACAUGGUCCGAGAGCUAAAUUGUCACCGUCGACAUCAGAUUCAGGUGGACGGUUGUCUUCAUCGACACCGGCAAAUGACAAUAGCUUUCACAAAUCGGAAACUUGUCGGUGGUGGGAGGAUUCCGGCACUUGCCGCUUUGGUUCCAAAUGCCGGUUUGUACACGGGAAAGAAGAUUUACGCCCAACUGCUUUUGCCAACAGAAAUCAAUCUGAGGCACUGCUCUGCAGAUCAUACAGUUCAGGACCAUCUUCUUAUGGACCAAGGGGCCGAUCUGUUCAUCAGCAGGUCCACUCAGCCGCGUCUCCGGCAAAAGCAGCACCAAUGUCCACCCCAACCACUACUACUACUACUACUCUUAAAGUGUUUACUAAAGACAAAGAGCCCUCAAGCAGCGACAGUAGCACCACUUCCACCCCCACCAGUACUAUCUCUUCCACUGACUGGUGUCCCCUGGAUGACAAUAUCGAGGUUACCUUGCCUUCUACUGGUGAAAAUUGUGUUUCCAGGGAAGAUGUUAAUGCUCAUAUACAGACUGUUCUCUAUGGCACUUCUGGAAGGAAGAGAUUGCCGGCAUGCAUUGACUUAGUUGAGGAGUAGAUAGCCAUAUUAACAAGUCUCAGUUCAAGCCAUCAAUUCUCAAUAAAGUUUUCAUAGAAGGAGUGGGCUCAUGAAUAGGGAAGAGUAGAUGGAAGAAGAGGGGAAGGAUGACCAUUUUUAUGGAAGCAAGCAAAGUCUCAUUGGUUACAAAACUUUCAUUGGAUAAAGGAUAUUUGGCAUUAUCCACCAUCAAUAUAUAAGAUGUCAAUCAUGUUUGGCCAUAGAAUUCUGAAAUAAAACUUCAAUUUGAAUUUUGGGAUUUAAAAAAUAUCAAAAGAGCUUUUCACUUU